CUACCCCGCCACCCUCUUAGUCAUCAGUACGGGUGGCUCCCGUCAUGGCACUAAGAGAGAGCUUCACGGACAGCCCUGCGUGACGCAAAAUGGCUGCAACCAACGCUGGUAACAUAGCAGUACUAAUCGACGGCGACAAUGUCUCGCCACGGGUCAUCGUUGGCCUCAUGGCCGAGAUCGCCAAUUACGGCACUGCCAGCGUGCGACGCAUCUACGGCGACUGGACCAGGCCCAACAUGAACGGGUGGAAAGCAUGCCUGCUGGACCACUCUAUCACACCGAUGCAGCAAUUCGCGUACACGACCGGGAAGAAUGCGACGGACGGCGCUAUGAUUAUUGAUGCUAUGGAUCUGUUGUACACCGGCCGCUUCUCCAGCUUUUGCAUCGUGUCCAGCGACAGCGAUUUCACACGUCUUGCGGCGCGCAUCCGCGAGCAGGGCGUCACGGUGUAUGGCUUUGGUGAGCGGAAAACGAAUAACGCGUUUAUUGCCGCAUGCGAUAAGUUUGUCUACUUUGAUGUGCUACCUAUGCCCGCGGCCGAGGUGGAGCUCCCUUUGAUCCAACAACCAGCACCGCACCCAUCUCCCAGUCGGCCUCCUCCUCCUGCAAUGACGACCAUCGAGCGCACUGGCCCAAGGCCGAUCGACAAAGCUGCUCUAGAUGCUAUAAGGAAAGCAAUCAUCGCCAGCAUGGACGAAGGGGACAAUUGCGCCGAUUUGGCCAAUGUGGGCCACUACUUGAGACGAAUUUCGCCGGAUCUCAAUGCGCGCAAUUACGGCUAUGGGCGAUUGAAGGAUUUCGUGGAAGCCUCCGGGAUCGUGGAUGUAAGGUUGAAGACCUUCGAGAACCGGACACCGGUAGCCUUGGUCCGUCUGAAGGAUCAGAAGCCGGUCAAGAGAAGUUUCGACCAAAUGGAAUGAUUGUCAAAUUUGACAUGGGUCUCUACGAGGUCGGUCGACGGUGUUACAUGUUGGAGGUCCUGCGUGUUUCGGAGAGCGGUCGCUAGUUUCUCUUUCGCGAUCGAUGGAGGCCAUCUUGCAUCGGUCUGAUGCGCCGCAUUCUUUUUCCACGACUGAUCAGCCAGA